AAAAUAGAAAACAAAGAAAGAAGGGGAAGGAAGGGGAGGUGGGGUAGACGACAAGUGAAACGGCUUCAUUUCGUGUAGGUGCAGUGUUGCGUUGUGAGGACAACUGCCACCCAAUACCAGAGAGGCCACAGCCCACACACCCUUUCCUUCUACUUAUUGUUUCAGCUUUGCUUUCUCAACGUUCUCUUUCCCCUUUUCUUUUUUCUUAUUAUUCUUUUCCCUCAGACUCUAAAGUUGAUAUUUUCCCCUCACUAUUUUGGAAAUUCUUAGGCAUCUCUGAUCUGUAUGCUUCUGUGAGACAGAGAGAGACGGCUUGAGCUUCAUCUUACCUGCUUAACCAAAGGGGCCAAUUUUCUCCAUUUAGAGUCUCCAUUUCUGCUUGGGGCAAGGAGAUCGGGGAAGUAAAUCUGGGAAAGUUUCCGAUUUUGUUUUGGUAAAUUUUCCGAGGUUGAUCGAUCUGUUCUAUCCUUUACUCUGGUGGGUGGUGGAGUUAUUGAGAGGAAGAGACAAAAUGUGGUGGAUGAUGGGUGAAGGAGGAGGCCAUUACUGCUCUAAGAAGACCGAUGAUAUUUGCGGCAAUGUUUGCGGCCAGGAAUCAGGCAGAAUGUUGAGUAUGUCAAGAGUUCGCUGCAUUCUACGUGGAUUUGACUUGAAAGUUCUCAUCAUUCUUUUUACACUUAUUCCGACAUGCAUCUUUGGCAUUUAUGUGCACGGACAGAAGAUCUCAUACUUCUUGCGGCCACUAUGGGAAUCGCCACCCAAACCUUUCCAUGAUAUCCCACACUAUUACCAUGAGAAUGUGUCCAUGGAGAACCUCUGCAGACUUCAUGGUUGGGGCAUCCGUGAGUACCCUAGGCGUGUUUUUGAUGCUGUGUUGUUCAGUAAUGAGAUGGACAUCCUUACCAUAAGGUGGAAAGAAUUGUAUCCCUAUGUAACGCAGUUUGUUCUCCUCGAGUCAAAUUCAACAUUUACUGGAUUGCAAAAGCCUCUGUUCUUUUCCCGUUAUCGUGAUCAGUUCAAAUUUGUGGAGCCUCGGUUAACUUACGGCACUACUGGAGGAAGAUUCAAGAGAGGAGAAAACCCAUUUGUUGAGGAGGCAUAUCAGCGAGUAACACUUGACAAUCUUCUCAAAAUAGCUGGUAUUACUGACGACGACUUGUUGAUAAUGUCUGAUGUUGAUGAGAUCCCAAGCAGACACACUAUCAAUCUCCUGAGGUGGUGUGAUGAGGUUCCUGAAAUCCUACAUCUUCGGCUGAAGAACUAUCUUUACUCCUUCGAGUUUCUUGUGGACAAUAACAGUUGGAGAGCUUCAGUCCACAGGUACCGGAAAGGGAAGACGACGUAUGCACACUAUCGGCAGACAGAUGACAUCUUGGCUGAUGCAGGGUGGCAUUGUAGCUUUUGUUUUCGGUAUAUCAGUGAGUUCAUAUUUAAGAUGAAAGCAUACAGCCAUUAUGACAGAGUUAGGUUUUCUAACUAUCUAAACCCAAAAAGAGUUCAGAAAGUAAUCUGCAAGGGGUCUGAUUUAUUUGAUAUGCUUCCUGAAGAGUACACCUUCAAGGAAAUCAUCGGGAAAAUGGGACCUGUUCCUCAUUCCUUCUCAGCUGUUCAUCUUCCAUCCCAUCUGUUCGAGGAUGCGGAGAGGUAUAAAUUUCUCUUGCCUGGUAAUUGCCAAAGAGAGAGUGGCUGAGCUUUAUUCCAGCAAGGUUUGAUGACGGUUUCUGUAAAGAUAGUUGGUCAUGCAGCUUCUGUGACUCCUGAACAAUCAAUCGAUGACUGUGGUGUGUCGCUGACAUAGCCGUGCCUCAUGCUUGGGUAAUUUUACAUCAUUCUUUGAAAAUGUUGGGGGGCUGGACAGACUUUUGGGUACUUAUUAGGGUAAUGUUUUGUACAUAACUUUCACUGGAGUUGGGCUUUUAGUGUAAGGCGGAGCAUGUCUAUCUACUGAGGGAGCCUGCUAUGCUGGGGACAGUUGUCACAAGGUGCUUGUGUUUUCUUAGCUCUGGUGUACUGCGUGAUUCCCCAGAUAUACUGGAAAGAUAGUACAACGGUCCUGAAUUCCCCUUGUUGGGAAAUUUUGUUUAUGAGACAUUUUAUUCGUUUAUGCAGUGAACUGACUUUAUUUGUGACAUCUGAAUUGCUUUUAGAUCUUUUAUUGAUCAAAAGGCACACUCGAUAGGGCAGUUUGUGCCCUUGUGCAUGUUCUUUUCUCCUGUCAUGUUCCUUUUGGUUGAAGAUAUUCGUUGGAACUUUCUUUUUUCUCCCUUUAUGUAUGGAGUAUAUCAAUGAUCUGCACUGCCCUGCAAGUUUUUCGUUUUUCUUGUCAAGUUUCCUUUUCAUAGCUUGCAUCUGUCGCGUUGGUUGAAGUUGUAAGGAUCUGAGUUUGUUGGGAAGUAAUGUUUCAAUGAGGAACAAUAAAAUGAACAA